UGCUAGAGUAAGACAGUCCUGAUUAUCUACUUUUGUUUCCGGGGAAUGAACUCGGCCUCCAUGAGUGCUUUAUACCUGCAUUCCUAGGAUCGUCGGGCGAUCGUCCUUUGUUCCGCCUGGUAAGCGUAAAAUGGCAUGGCCGCAGGGAGACGCUGGCUAACUAAAAUAAUUGUUGUGCUAGAGUGCAUAGUUCAAGCGAAUCAAAAGCAAACAGCCGGCAGGUGGUGGCCUUCAUGCUUUUCCCGAAGACGUGGAUCCCUGGAGACUAGACGAUAUCUUGUAGAGUAUGGAGUACAUAGGAACCACACGAGAUCUAGUGACCAGAAAGUCAACGAACCAGGUACUAAGUGUUUCGGAACCAAUGGCAGGAGGCAGGUCUUCAAGCACCUGGUAAUUCGAUCAUGCUACGAUACCUCACCGCCAAUAUAGACUUAUCCUAUAGUCGAUGCGUGAUUGGCCGACAUCAAAGCAACCCUCCCGAUUUCUUUGGCUACCCACACCUCCUGCGAGCUGGAGUAACAUUGUAACCGGUGAGAUUUGUCGGCAGGGCUGGACUGAAUUCUUCAGCAGAUCCCUGUCAGCUGCAC